UCAGCAUAACACACAGCUAGCUAGUUGGAUACUCAGCCCUUCUAUGUGCGGGGUAUCUUGCUGACUGCAUCUUUCGCUGAUCGAGUACGAUAGUCCUACAUAUCGCUCCGAAAUGAUUUAAUCUGAGAGAAUUUCGAAUCAUACUUUCGGUCGCCUCUGUGACGUUUGUGCCACGUUAUGCGGCAACAGACUGCGACAAGAUGCCGAUCACACAAAGACACCAUGCCGGUCAAACGGGCAUCCUCGACCCCAAAGACUACAAGGUUGCCUGGAUCGCUCCACUCGAGAUCGAAGCUAGGGCUGCCAUCCAUUUACUAGACGAACGGUACCGCGGCCGGUUUCCCGUCGACCGCGGCGACGACUAUGUAUUUCAAGCAGGUGCCAUGGGCGGCCACAACAUCGUUAUCGCGACUCUGCCCGCAGGCCAGGAAUACGGCACGGGCUCUGCGGCUGCACUUGCAGGCCAGGUGAAAAAGUUCUUCCCUAACCUCUGGUUUAGCCUGCUCGUCGGCGUGGCAGCAGGGCUUCCUGACCUUCCUCGUGUCCCAGCGCGUGAUAUCCGACUGGGCGACGUGCUUGUCGGCCUUCCUGUUGGUGAGAGUGCUGGACUGGUCCCGUAUGACCUCGGCAAAGAAACGGAAGACGGAUUUCAACCUCUCCAACUUGGCCACAGCCUCGCCAUGACUGAACCAAUUGUGCGAUCAGCCAUUGGUAGCAUCAAGCUCGAGGCGCCGUAUGACACCGAAAAGUUUUUGCCAUACUACGAGAAGAUACGCAACUGCGAGCAUGCGACUGGCACAUUUACCGAUCCAGGGCAAGACAACGACAUCCUAUAUCUAGCUUGUGAUAAUGGACAAGAGGAAGUCGUUGAACGUUCUCAACGACCAAACCAAGACUAUCAACGCACUCGAGUGUGGUAUGGCCCAAUUGGGUCAGGAGAUAAGCUGUUGAAGAACGCACAAAAACGAAAUGAACUAAGGGACAAAUAUGGUAUCAUUGGCUUGGAGAUGGAAGCAGCAGGAACCAUGAAUCGAAUCCCAGUCGGUGUCAUCCGAGGGGUAUGCGACUACGGCGAUCGACAUAAGAACAAAGACUGGCAGCCGUAUGCGGCAGCGAUGGCGGCUUCGUAUGCUAGAGCGUUGCUUGAUGAGAUCCCCUCAAGUGAUAGAACUGUAGACUUGACUAAGGAGGUCUAUGAACGGUGUUAUUAUAUUCCGUUUACUAAGAAUCCACGUUUCACUGGCCGCUUAACCAUCCUAAGCGCCUUGGAAGAUAAGUUCUUCGGCCCGGAUCAGAGUCAGAAAAUGGCACUAGUCGGACUUGGUGGAGUCGGGAAGACUCAAAUCGCCCUACGUUUUGCCUAUCAGAUGAAGGAGAAACGACCAGAGUAUUCGAUCUUCUGGGUGCCAGUCCUGAGCGAUGAAACUGCAGAACGUGCUUAUGUAGACAUCGCAAAGAAGCUUCGAUUACAGAAGAGCAGCGAAGACGACGAUGUGAAAGAUUUGGUCUGUCAGCACCUCAGCUCAGACGAAGCUGGAAAGUGGCUCUUGAUUAUGGAUAAUGCUGAUGACGAGGAACUUAUCUUUGGAUCUGCCCACAAGCCAGGGUUGGAACAGUAUUUACCCCAGAGCGAAUAUGGGAUCGUCCUAUUGACGACGAGGUCUCGGCAAGUCGCCGUAGAGCUCGCGCAAUCCGACGUAAUUGAUGUCGAGCAAAUGGAUCAGGAAGAGGCGACAACCCUCUUUGAGAAGUCUCUGAUCCAAAACCAGCUGCUUCAAGACGAGACAUCGGUCAUUGAACUACUUACAUAUCUAUCCUUUCUCCCGCUGGCUAUUACGCAGGCUGCCGCAUACCUCAAUCAGACCAGAGCGCCCAUAAGGAUAUAUUUAGGCCUCUUAAGAAACGCCGAGGACAACGAUACGAGAGUCCUUGAUAGAGAGUUCAGAGACAACACCCGAUAUAGGGGCUCUCAAAACGCUGUAGGAGCAACAUGGAUUGUAUCUUUCCGUCAGAUCCAAAAGUCAAAUCAACUUGCCGUUGAUCUAUUGUCAUUCAUAUCAUGUAUAGAGCCGAAGGCGAUUCCCCAGUCGAUAUUACCUGAUGCCGAGGCUGAUGAGUUGGAAUGGGCCAUUGGUACACUUUGCAGUUACUCAUUUCUGGUUCGUAGAGAAGAGAGUAAUGUGUUUGACAUGCACAGUCUUGUACACACGGCAACGCGGGGUUGGAUUGACAAGCAGGACCGGGAGAUUCAGGUAUCGAACGAUGCGAUAUGCCACCUUGCAGCGAGGUUCCCCACAAGAAACGAUGCUCACUAUGAUUUUGGAAGGCAGUAUGUACCACAUGCGAUGCGACUGCUGAACCGGACUCAUGGAAACAAGACAGUUGAAAGCUACCAGCUUUUUGGAAAGGUCGGAGUCUUCCUUUACAUGGAUCGACGAUUCAAAGAAGCAAUAAGGUGUUUGGAAGAGGUGUGUUGGUGGAGACAGGGCCUCCAUCCUGCAACAGAUGCUGCUCGACUAGCAUCAGAGCAAGCACUUGCAACCGCAUACCUCAGUGACCGACGAAUCAAGGAUGCAAUUGAGAUUCUCGAGCAUGUGGUGGCAGUUCGGAAGGAGAUGCUAGAUGAGAAAGACCAUGAUCGACUAGCAUCAGAGCAAGCACUUGCAAUAGCAUACCUUGACGACCGACGAAUCAAGGAUGCAAUUAAGAUUCUCGAGCAUGUGGUGGCAGUUCAGAAGGAGAUGCUAGAUGAGAAAGACCAUAAUCAACUAGCAUCAGAGCAAGCACUUAUAACUAUAUACCUUAAUAACUAAUAAAUUAAGGGUGUAAUUAAGAUUCUUAAGUAUAUAGUUAUAAUUAAGGUAGAGAUACUAGUAAAGGAUAAC